AUGGACCUCGACCUCGCCCUGCAAGAGACCCGCCCGGCCGUCGCCGGCGAGGACUUCGCCUUCACCACCACCGAGACCGACGACGCCUUCCUCGUCCUCGCCCACCUCCCAGGGUAUGACAAGGAUGCGAUCGAGGUCCGCGUCGGCGACGGCGGCAGGGAGAUCCGCGUCGACGUGGGCGCGCGGAAGGACGGUGCCGGGCUCGCCGUGGAGGCAGAGCGUGCCGGGACGCGGCUGCGGGUGGCGCACCGGCGGGCGGUGGAGGGUUUCCGCCGAGUGUUCGACGUGCCGGCCGGCGCCGACGUGGGCCGGGUCUCCGUCGGGUUCGAGGAGGACGACGAGCUGCUCGUCAUCAUCAUGCCCAAGCUGGGGCAGCUGCAGGGCUCCCCGCCGGACGACGAGGCACGCGUCGACGUCGAGAGCACGGACUACGAGUGCGCGUCGUCAGACGGGACGGAGGUGGAGCUCGACGACCGGUGGUCGUCGGCUAGCCUCGAGCUGGAGCAGGAGGAGUGGGUCGACGUCGACGGCGAUUCGUCGGGGUCCGAGCCCGAGCCGCCUCGAGACUUGCCGGUGGAGACGCCCGUGGAGAUACAGGAGGACGUGCCCGUGGAGACGCUCGUGGAGAUUCAUGGGCCAGAUCCCAUAAUCACGGACGUGGCGGUGGAGACGCCGGUGGAGGUCGAGGAGGAGGAAGAGCCUCCGGUGCUCGACAUCGAGUGUGACGUCGUGUUCGACGUCCCGGUGUGCACUGAGCUGCCGGUGGAGACGCCGAUCGAAGUGCUCGGGUCCGACCUACCGGCUGACGACGUGGAAGAGCCGGCGGUCGACAUCCCGUGCGACGUAGAGUUCGAGCCGGAGCCCCGGCAGCCACCGGUCGAGACACCACCCGACGUCAUCGAGGAGCCCAAACCACCACCUGCCGUAGACCCACCCGCCGAAGAGCCAUCGGUUGAGGAGCCACCGCCCACCGAGGAGCCUCCGGAGCCGGUCGACCCACCAGUGGAACCGCCACCCACCGAAGAGCCACUGGUGGACCCACCACCGGUUGAGGAGCCACCACCCGUGGAACCGCCACCUAUGGAGGAGCCGCCAGUGGACCCACCACCAGCUGAGGAGCCACCACCCAUGGAACCACUACCUAUGGAGGAGCCGCCGAUGGACCCACCACCGGUUGAAGAGCCACCACCCGCUGAGGAUCCUCCGACGCCGGUGGACCCGCCCGUGGAACCGCCACCAAUGGAGGAGCCACCGGUGGACCCACCACUGGUUGAGGAGCCACCACCUGCUGAGGACCCUCCGGUGCCGGUCGACCCACCCAUGGAGGAGCCACCUGCCAAAGAGCCGCCGAUGGACCCACCACCAGUUGAGGAGCCACCACCCGCCGAGGAUCCUCCAGCAGCGGUCGACCCGCCCAUGAAACCGCCACCCAUGGAGGAGCCACUACCGGUUGAGGAGCCACGCCACGUGGAACCGCCGCCCGUGCAGGAGCCACAACCCGCGGCCCCAACACCAGUCCAGGAGCCACCUAGUGCACCAGCAGAGGCAAAAUCAUCUGAUGGCAGCGACGAAUCGGAUGGUAGCACUGAUGGUGAGGAGAACGGCGACGGGGGCGGCCGCAAGGGCAAGCGACGCAGUGGCGGGAAAGGACGACGGAGGCGCAGGCGGCGUGGCAGGUUCCCGUUCGGCAUGGUGGUUGCUCCUGCCGUGAUCUUGCUCGCUCUCGCAGUGCUCGCGGCCAAGAGACGGCGGCAACAGGGCGGGGGUUGAUUAUUGAUGUGGUUCGGUUCGCGCCACUGUGUAACCCAUGUUGUAUACUUGUAUAGAACUGAUUUUUGUUUGAUUUUUCUUGGUAUCAAAUUGUUUUCCUUUAAUCCAUGAAACAAGGAAAUUUGGG